AUGAAUGCUACUUUGAACAGCCCUUCACCAUCUGGGCAGCCGAGGCCAACCCCCGAAGUUCCAGAAUUCAUGGCAAAUGAGCUGUGCGUCAAGCGGAAUAUGGAGCCCCUUGAUUUUACGGUUGCUCAGUCAUGGGAUGAGGUUGAGCAAUCAGUCUCACAGGCUUGCAAGACCUUGGAGCGACUCUCUUCCAAGGACAAGACUCUGUCACCAGGGUUCACAAACAAACUGAAAGGGCGCUUUAGAAGCCUUUGCACUAAUGCUGGAGCCGGCACCACGCUUACAAACCUAGUCCCAACUGACUCCUACUGUUCUGUUCUGUGUGGCGGUCUGAGGAUUAUUUUCAAAGCACUUGAGGAGACUGGAAAAUACCGAGAAGAGGUCUAUAACGCAUUGGAAGAGAUCCCCUUCAUCCUUGACGAUAAUUCUGCUCUCUUAGAUCUGUAUCACGACGAUGGUGAACUACACCAGCGCGUGGCAUCACUUUAUAGAGCCAUCUACCAGUUGAUGGAAGUCAUCGUGGAUUGGUUCCUGAAAACAUCACGGGUUAUUGGAACUAAGCUGCUAUUCAAUCCCACUGGGUUUAGCGGAAAGCUAAAGGAUUGCCUCGCCCAUGUCAAGAACACAAAACAACGAUUCACAGCGAGUAUUGCGGCUAUAUCAGCAAAUCAGCUGAAAUUACUGGAGCAACAAAACUACUCAAUCAUGAACAGCCAAAUUCAAGAUUCAAAGCAAAUAAUGAUGGUUUUAGAGCAGUCAAGGAAUACCCACCUUUUGGUUCUCGAUACAUUAGUGCAGUUCCUUGACAGCGGCUCUAAAGCCGGCCAAGCCUAUGUAUACUCUCCAGUCCACGAAGACACUGUACCCCAGAUCCUUGCCCCUGAACUGGACAUCGAUACUCUCUUGGAUCAAUAUCUUUACGAUGCACAACUUGUACAUCGCGAUUGCCAAUCUAUUUUCAGGUCCCGAUACGCCCCUGGGUAUGACCUUGAUGAAGACCUUGUCUCGACGGUCAAGUCCAAUCCUCGAUUCCUAUCCUGGCUCACGCUUGACGAAUCUUCCCUUCUUUUCUUAGACACAAGAUCGGAUAAUCAAACAUGCAGUCUUGAGAUGCCAAUAGUUACUGCCGAGAUCUUCCGAGAUAUCCUCACUUUCUCCAGCAAGCAAGUAUCGGCUAAUAAAGAGGCCAGUACGGCAUUCAUAUGUCUAGCGUUCUUUUGCAGUCAACAUAAGGAUUACGCCAGAGACUUGAACGCACAACCAACGGAACUAGUUAUGAGCAUCCUUUUGCAGCUCCUUGACCAAUACCACUACUUUGAACCACAGGACCUUGCCAACAUAUUCAGCGACUUUGAUCCUUCUGAUCUUGACAGUACCCCUUCGUCUUUUGAAGCCUUAGUCACAGAACUCCCAUCUCAUGUAUUCUUAGUCACUCUAGUCGAUGAUAUAAGCUGCUUUACCUGGCCGGUAGUUAGGAGACGAGGAAUGGAAUACAUCAUGGAAAGGCUUUCGUGUAUACACCGAGAGAGGAGAUAUAAGGCUACAUUCAAGCUUCUAUUUGGUAAUUCAGCCCAGAACAAUUAUGCAAACAAGCUUUUUAUGGAAGACGAGACUCUCAGAUUAUGGACGCCGGAUGGCAGCGGGGUUGCAAGCAGCUUGCAAUUUCUUCCUGAAUAG